AUGGGUGUGGGUUUUAGGCUUACUCCUAAGUGGGGUUCUCCUAUGCAGUCUCGUUCUGUCACCAAUUCUACAUCCCGGUUCUCAUCCUUUGCUGGUGAUUUCAUUAGCUCCAGUCUCCUCUUUCACUCUAGAGGCAGGGACGCUUCUGUUAACCAGGCAAGGUUGUCUUUUUUGUCUGUUGUUUACGAAGAGGGUGAUAUUCCUAACAAAUAUUCUUUCAAGAAUUUUGCUUGUUCUGCUGCGCAACACGUGGAAAAUGAUUGCUUGCAAAUGGAAGGACUGAAGAUGAAUGGUGACAAAAGGUCCCAUGUUGGCAUAAAUAACAUGAUGGAUGAUGAUAAAGUGUCUGCUGAAGAGGACACCUCUAGCUCGCAUAUGUGCAGAGAGAGAAAGACAUCGCGGUUUAGCUUGUUGUUGGACAAUCUUGAUGCUUUAGAGAAGUCGGUUGCUGAUUCGGAUGCACUGAAGUUGGAAAGGGACAUUUUGCUACAAUUAGAAAGACUUGGAGCUCUAGAAUUUUUUAAAGCCUGUCUGUCGAGGACCCUUCAAACACCCAAUGUUUGGGACUUGUCUGCAGUUCCUAUUGAGCCUAUUGGAGAGAGCAAAACAGAUGGAACAUUAGAUGAUCACAUAGGUAAAAUUGUUGUUCGCACUGGGAAAACGGAAGAAAGAAAAUGGAGAAGAGAAAGAGGAAGAAAGACUGUCCAAAAUAAACUUCAAAAGCCUACUUAUUUGUCACCGCCUUCAAAGACUGUCCAAAAUAAUCUUCAACUGCCUACCAUCGGGAGAAAAACAUCAAGCUCUAGGAGUAAACGAUUGACGAUUGCAAGAAAUGAGGCAGAAAUGUCAAGUGGAGUCAAGGUUGUAGGAAUUUCCACAACAAAUGUGGUUUCAGACUUGGAGAGAAUCAUACCAACUUUAGAAGAAGAAACUGGGCAAGUGGUCAGUUUAAGUUGCUGGGCUGAAGCAGCUGGACUUGACAAGAAGGUGCUGCAGCAACAAUUGCAAUUUGGUUGGUACUGCCGAGAAGAGCUCUUAAGGAGCACUCGCUCCUUAGUUAUAUACAUUGCAAGAAACUAUAGGGGUAUGGGAAUAGCCAUGGAAGAUUUACUUCAGCCCAUGAUCACACUGCAUCAGAUGCUUCAAUGGAUUUUCUUCCAAAUACAAAUAAAAAUUGAGGAUUGUGCCAUUCGCGCUGCUGCCAGAAAGUCAAUCAGACAGCUUAUUUCUGAUCUUUAUAGUAACACACUUGAUGGUGAUGCUUCUUUGAAUAAAGAAAGCAGUUUGCUUAAAGGCUGGGAUCUCGCCAAAGAAUGUGGUUUGUCAUUGCCUGAUGAUCCUGUUCUUAUUAUAUUUCUGGUGGUCUGUUGUGCUGCUGUUCAAAUAUUUCUUGAGGUCUUUCUCUGCACUGCUGCAGAUUCUGGGUUGUGCCACUAUGCUUAUUUCAUUUUGCUUUGGUGGCUGAAGUUUGCUAAUGUGAAGUCCAAUCCAAUUAUCGCUGGAAAUCUAGGUGUCUUGCAAGGUGCAGAAAGGUUUGAUCCCACAAGGGGGUACAGAUUUUCAACCUAUGUCCAGUAUUGGAUAAGGAAAUCAAUUUUAAAGAUUGUGGAGCGCCAUGCUAGAGGAAUCCAAGUUCCGUAUGCACUAAGCCGGGCAACAAACAAGAUACAAAAGGCUCGAAAAGCCCUUAGCAACAGCCAUGGGAAAUACCCCGAUGACAGUGAGAUUGCUAAAUUCACAGGUCUGUCUUUGGCUAAAAUUGAAUCAGCUAAGAAAUGUCUCAGAGUUGUGGCCUCACUUGAUCAGAGAAUAGGAGAAGGUCUCUAUGCUAAAUGUUCGGAAUUUAUCUCUGAUACGUCAAUUCAGAAUCCUGAAGAGGCCGUCAUGAGGCAGCACAUGAGAAAAGAAAUCUAUGAUCUCUUGAGAGGCUUGGAUUCAAGAGAGAGACAAGUGAUGUUUCUGAGAUAUGGGUUCAAGGACCAUCAACCCAAAUCACUUGCAGAGAUCGGGAGGCUUUUCCAUGUGAGCAAAGAGUGUGUGAGGAAAAUUGAGAAAAAAGUCAUGAUGAGACUAAGGGAUGAAGGAACCCACAGGAAUUUAAAUCAUUAUAUGAAUUUGUAG